AGAACAAGACCAACCAUGAGCCACUCUUCAAUGCAUACCUCAACUUCCUACAGGCGCACCUUUGGAAGCCCACACCCUAUCUCCGUAUCCUCUUACUCCCCUGUGUCCUCCCGUACGGCAGUUUCUGGAGGGCGCUAUAUGCGUUCAAUGCCACCUGUGGCUGCAUCCCGCUCCACCACCUACCACCAACAGCGUUCUCGCUCUGCCGCCCAGCCCCCUCGCCUCUCCUACGACAAGGUUGACUUCACCCUGUCUGAAGCCAUCAACCAGGAGUUCCUAACCACCCGCAACAACGAGAAGGCUGAGCUGCAGGAGCUCAACGACCGCUUUGCCAGCUUCAUUGAGAAGGUGCGGUACCUGGAGACGCAGAAUGGUGCACUGCAGCAAGAGCUCAACCAGUUCAAAGGCCAGCAGCAGCAUGGUCAGCCCAACCGCGCCUCUGAGCUCUUCCAGGAAGAGGUGAGGGAUCUGCGCCGUCAACUGGACUCCACCGAGAAGGAGAGGGACCAGUACCAUCUGGAGAGGGAGAACCUGGCUGAGGACCUGGUCCUGCUCAAGCAAAGGUUGGAUGAAGAAGCCCAGAAGAGGGCAGAUGCUGAAAAUAACCUGGUUGCCUUCCGCAAGGAUGUGGAUGAUGCCACAUUGUCUCGUUUGGAGCUGGAGAGGAAGAUUGAGUCUCUGAUGGAUGAGAUUGAAUUCCUUAAGAAGCUCCAUGAUGAAGAAAUCCAGGACGUACAAGUGAGUGUCCAGACCCAGCAGCUGAAGAUGGAGGUCGAGAGCACAGUCAGGCCUGACCUGACUGGAGCUCUGAGGGACAUCAGGGCCCAGUAUGAAACCAUUGCUUCAAAGAACAUGCAGGAAACGGAGGACUGGCACAAGUCCAAGUUUAAUGAUUUGACAGAGUCUGCAAAGCGCAACACUGACGCUCUGAGGCAGGCCAAGCAGGAGGCCAAUGAGUCCAGGAGGCAGAUUCAGUCCCUCAACUGUGAAGUUGAUGCACUGAAGAACACGAAUGAAAGUCUGCUGAGGCAGAUGCGUGAAAUGGAGGACCAGUUUGGCAAUGAGAUCGGCAACUACCAGGACAACGUCAGCAGACUGGAGGAUGAGAUGCGCCACCUGAAGGAAGAGAUGGCUCGCCACCUUCGGGAGUACCAGGACCUCCUCAAUGUCAAAAUGGCUCUGGACAUUGAGAUUGCUACUUACCGUAAACUACUGGAGGGGGAAGAGAGCAGGAUUACUGUUCCCAUCCUCAAUAUUGGCAUGAGCAGUCACCAUGGUGAUCAAGACUAUGACCACACUCCAAGCAGCAUGAGCAAGAGGAGUGUGGUGAUCAAGACUGUUGAGACUAGAGACGGAGAGGUGGUGAAGGAAUCCAGGAGGGAGAAGGACAGGGAGUCAGUUCGCACUGACAAGGAUGAUGACGAGUAG